AUGUCCACCACCACGAAACUCUUCACCCCCCUCAACGUGGGCAAGAUGAACCUGUCCCACCGACUGGCGAUGGCACCGAUGACACGCUUCCGCGUGGACGACGCCCACGUGCCUUUGGACAUCGUGACGGAGCACUACGCGCAGCGGGCAGCGGUGCCGGGCACGCUGCUGAUCACGGAAGCGACGCUGGUGUCUCCGCGGGCAGGAGGGUACCGUAACGUGCCGGGGAUCUGGAACGAGGCGCAGAUUGCGCAAUGGCGCAAGGUGACGGACGCGGUGCACGCGAAGAAGUCGUACAUCUACAUGCAGCUGUGGGGGCUGGGGCGGGUGGCGGACCCUUCCGUCCUGAAGGAAGAGGGCGGGUUUGACCUGGUGUCGGCGAGCGCGAUCCCCGCGGCGGCGGACGGGCCGGUGCCGCGGGCGCUGAGCGAGACGGAGAUCCAGGGCUUCAUCGGCGACUACGCGCAGGCGGCGCGCAACGCCAUCGCGGCCGGCUUCGACGGCGUCGAGAUCCACGGCGCCAACGGCUACCUGAUCGACCAGUUCAUCCAGGAUAACUCCAACCAGCGCACCGAUGCCUGGGGCGGUAGCGUUGAGAACCGCGCCCGCUUCGCCCUCGAGACGAUCAAGGCCGUUGUCGACGCUGUCGGCGCUGACCGCACCGCGAUCCGCUACUCGCCCUUCAGCACCUUCCAGGGCAUGCGCAUGAAGGACCCCCUGCCCCAGUUCCGCUACCUCGCGGAGAAGACCGCGGAGUUCAAGCUCGCCUAUGUCCAUGUCGUCGAGCCGCGCAUCCAGGGUAACACUGAGGGCGAGUGCGGUAACGAGGAUAGCCUCGACUUCUUUGUCAAGGCCUAUGGCCAUGCCGGCCCCAUCAUCACUGCCGGUGGCUUCACGGCCGACUCUGCCAAGACGGCCGUUGAUGUCGACUACAAGGACUACGAUGUCAUCGUCGGCAUUGGUCGCCCCUGGACCGCGAACCCUGAGCUGCCCUUCAAGGUCCAGCGCGGUAUCCCCCUCAAGCCUUAUGAGCGCGAUGUCUUCUACCUUCCCAAGGAUCCCAAGGGUUACAUCGACUAUGACUACAGCGAGGAGUUCAAGGCUUCCGAUGUCGUCAAGGUUGCUGCUUAA